ACGUUUUUCGCAAGUGGCAAUUUUCACGACAUUGACCACUCUAUUAAAUUUAAUAAAUUAAUAUACAAAGUCUAUUACUAUUACUAGACCUAGAUCUAGAUCUCUAAAGUAAAUACACCUAAUAUAACUCAUAUAUACUGGGUUAUCUUUGUAAACAACAAAAACAGAAAUGAAUUCUACUAGACAGUGCUUAAGCAGAUUAACAAAUAGUUUGCUUGUGAAGAGAAAUCUGAAAUAUUCAUCCAGUGCCAUCCAGAGUUAUUUAUCUACAAGCACACUUAAGUCUCUCUCAGUCUCACACCACUCUAUACAAAAUGUUUCCUCAUGCUCAAUGAGUGUUAGAUUUGCUUCCACUUCUCCCAAAAAAUUUGAAGUUAUUAAUGUUCAGGAUGAAGAAGACUUCAAGAAAAGAGUUAUUGAUUUAAGUACUGAUACACCAGUUGUAGUUGAUUUCCAUGCAACAUGGUGUGGCCCAUGCAAAUUGUUGGGGCCUAGACUUGAAUCUAUACUAGCUGAGGGACAGGGCAAAGUUGUGAUGGCUAAAGUGGACAUUGAUGAAAUUUCAGAGCUGGCGAUGGCAUAUGGGGUCAAAUCUGUUCCAACUGUUGUUGGCAUUAAAAAUGGAAAAGUUCUAACACAGUUUAUUGGUUUGGUUGAUGAUGAUCAAAUUCGUACAUUUGUUAAAAAAUUGGUGCUGUCGUGAUUAUCCUGAUUUUCCAGAGAUUAAAAAAAUUGUAUGCUACAUUUUGAACUUAAACUGAACUUGAAUUUCCAAAGUAUUUUGUGUAAAAAACCUUUUAAUUUUAUACAUUAAGAACAUUUUUGUAGAAAUUUUUUAGUUCUCCUGCUUACUAUUCUUAACUAACUCAUGAUAAAUGAAAUUCAGAGAUUUAGCUAUUUGCCAUUUAUAUAAGAAGGCUUGACAAAAGUAAAGUUUUUCUAUUUAAGUUAGCUCAGUUGUGAGAUUAUUUUCUGUGUAAACAAUUUUAGAAUCGAUUUGUUAAAUCUUUUAUGUAUCAUGUUUAAGUAUUUAACCAGGCUAUAUAGUAUUGUUAUAAACAUUAAAAUUCUAGCUGUUGAAUUAACCAUUGACUGAUAUUGAACUGACACAUUUGUGUCACUGGUACGCAUGGAGUGUUGUGAUGUUAUCUGAAUGACUUUGUUUAAUUUACAUGACUAGGCUUGUCCUGUGUACAAGUACAUGGUUAAAUCAGACUAUAAUUAUGAAUGUGAAUUAAAAAUUUUAGCCCAAAACCUCAAGGCAUUAUUGGUCUUAAUAAAAAAAAUAUAAUGUAGAUCAUUGUUGUUUGAAGUUUCAUUACCAGAUUUUGACUUUUUAUAUUGGCAUGAAGUAAGAAGAAAUAUAUUUCUUUACACAAACUGUUAGGUAAAAACUCUAAUCUUUAUAUGAGUGAUCUGAAACCAGAUGUGGCAUUAAUGGUUCUCAUGGCAAUAUAGUUAGGGCUUUGGGAUAUUAUAUACUGGCUGAACAGGAAAAAAUUGCAGACAAAUAUUUUUAUAAUAAA